AUGGCCGACUCGGGUGAUGCCAAACCAACUCCCUCGGCGGAUCAGACUGCGUCGUCCGACUUGAGACCUGCUGAACAAGAGACUAAUCUCGUGACGAAUCCCCUGGGUGAUCCUGCGUCCGAAGCCCCUGCUCAAGACACCAAGUCUACCAUCUACACCGAGACUGCUGCCAAAGCCGCCAGUACUGCCGCGAGCACUGCCACCGCAGCGGCGACUGGCGUCAAGGACUCUGUCUUUUCCAUGUUUGGUGGUGGAGCCAAGAAAGAGCGCAAGGUCGAAGAGGAUGAUAAUGCAAAGGAUGAACCCAGCGGUAGUUCCAAAGCGCAGAAGAAGGAGGAUGAAGACGAUGACAAAGCCGAAGAGGAGGAGGCAGACGUGGAAUUCGAACCCGUGGUCCGACUGACCGAGAAAGUCGAGACAAAGACCAAUGAGGAAAUGGAGGAACAGGUCUUCAAGAUGCGUGCCAAACUUUUCAAGUUCGACCGCGAGCCGAAGGAGUGGAAGGAGAGAGGCACUGGCGAUGUUCGGCUGCUCAAGCACAAGGAGAACGGAAAGACGCGAUUGGUGAUGCGCCGAGACAAGACUCUCAAGGUUUGCGCAAAUCACUAUGUCACCCCUGAUAUGAAGCUUUCACCAAAUGUGGGUAGCGAUCGAAGCUGGGUUUGGAAUGUUGCAGCAGAUGUCAGCGAAGGCGAGCCAGAAGCGCAGACCCUUGCUAUCCGGUUCGGAAACAGCGAGAACGCCAAUCUCUUCAAGGAAGCAUUCAUCAAGGCCCAGCAGGACAACGAGUCUCUGUUCCAGCAGUCAUGA